AUGCUAUCAGAUGGUGUACUUUUGGCUAUAUCAGUCGGGGGCUUGGCCUCGACUGUGCUGUUGAUUCUCUUUCUUACUGGUUUCUUUGCUGGGACUAAAAAAGUUGUCCAUGAGGAUCAAGCGGAAGGAAUUCGUCGAGAAAGAGGCGGUUUGGCGGCUUUACGCAAGCGAAAGGACCGUAAAAAGCGCAAUAUCGAAAGAGAAGAGGAUGUUGCACCUAUUGUUCCCGUCCCUCCACCUCAAAAUGACGAUGUGGACGCUGGAGGAGACACUGCAGAAGAACUCGUGGAACCACGUGCAAUGACUAAAAAAGAACUUCAAAAGGAAUUAAAGCGUCGGGAACGUGAAGAACUUCGCCAGUUUGACCAGCAACAGCGUGAAUCACGUCAACGCAUUGCAGAAGAAAAAGAAGCAGCGUAUCAAAAGAAACGAGAAGAAGAAAAUAAACGUGAAGCAGCUUUUGAAGAACAAGAGCGAAAGUUAAAGGAAGAAAAGGAGAAAAAGGAAAAAGAAGAGUUUGAUCAGUGGAAACAAAUGUUUACAAUUGAAGAAAAGGGCUCAAAACUUGCAGAAGACAGUGAAGAGAAUCAAACUCUAUUGCAAGAAUUUAUUGAUUACGUCAAAUCUCACAAAGUGGUUUUGCUUGAGGAUCUCGCGGCAAAAUUCAACUUGACUACUCAAGAAGCAAUUGAUCGUAUUGAGACUUUACAGACUGUAAAUCGUCUUACGGGAAUUGUAGACGAUCGUGGCAAGUUUAUCUAUAUCACUGAAAAAGAAAUGGAUACAGUUGUCAAGUUUAUUGAGCGACGAGGACGAUUAGGAUUUGCUGAAUUAGCGAAAGAAUGCAAUAAGAUUAUUCGAUUGGACGGGGAAGUCAAACAAGAGACUUCAAACUCGUUGGAUUGGCUGAAUGAAGAUGUUGCUUUUGCUUAA